AUACGAUGUUGCAUUGGGUAUAAAUACAUUGGGAGUUAAGUACGUUUUGAACUUCGCCAAAAGUUGUAUUAAACUACCCACGUAUCAGCCGGUUAGUACAGCAUAUGUAUGUGGCGACGGAGGACUUAUAUUAGAGGAUCCAUGCCAAAUGGGUGUGUCACUAAAUGGAGUAUCAGGACUAGACAUUGACAUGGAAAAGAAAAUAGUGGAGAACAAAUUGUACGAACUUCGACAAGAGGGAGCCACAGAGAAUGAUGUUAAAAUGGCCAUGAAGGACUUGGGUAUCGAAAGAGCAAUUGAAUAUGGAUGGCCAAACACGUAUGUCUUUACAAAGGCAAUGGGAGAAAUGUUUGUAGAAACUCUAAAGGAAAACAUGUCUGUUGUUAUUGUACGUCCUACAGUUGUUACCGGCACUUAUAGAGAACCUUUUCCUGGGUGGGUCGAAGGAGUCAGAACCGUAGAUAGUUUCUUUAUGGCUUACAGCAAAGGAAAAUUAGCAUGCUACCCCGCAAACAAUAAUGCCAUUGUUGACACGAUACCAGCAGACAUGGUGGUGAAUGCAAUAAUAACGUCCAUGGUGGCUCAUGCAAUAAUUAAAGCAAUUCCAUUAGAUUGA